AUGCACCGGUCAAUCGGCCGCCGAUCAAAAAGGCCGGUUUUCUAUCCAAUCGGCCCAAUCGGUGACCGGCCGGUCACUGUCGUCAUUUCCGGUUUUUGGCCGGUCACGCUGACACGCAUGCGCAGCAGCUCAACGCGGACGGCUCAAAACUGAACCAAAGCAAAACAAAGAUGUCGUUGAUCUGGACAUAUUUUACCGUGUGCCAGGACGAACCGAAACAGGCUAUGUGUAAUGCUUGUAAGUCUAAAGUAAGCCGUGGAGGAUCAACGCCUAAGACUUAUGGAACAACCAACUUAAGACGCCACUUGGAAAAGAAACACCCAUGCUUGUUUAGCAAGUAUAAAGAAGACACGGCUGCUAGUGCUAAGACUAAGAGGGAUGUACCUGAGUCACAGCAACAACACCCCACCGUCGCCCCUAUGUUCGACACGAGUGUUGAGAAGUCUAAUGCCACCACUCGAAAAAUAAUGGAGUACAUGGCACUGGACGACCAGCCGUUCAGCGUAGUGCAGGAUAAAGGCUUCGUCAACCUGAUUAAACACCUGAGUCCACGGUACAAAUUACCAAGUAGGCGAUACUUUUCUGAUACAGCGCUGCCAGAGUUGUUUGAGAAGGUUUCAAGCCAUAUACGCAAGCUACUCAACGCCACCAAAUCUCCGAUCAGUUUCACGACGGACAUUUGGACUUCUAACGUGAGCUUAAUGUCAAUGUUGAGUCUGACCGCUCAAUGGCUGGAUGAUGAAUUUGAGCUACAUCAAGUCCUGCUAUACUGUGAAGAAUGCCCUGGUUCCCACACUGCGGACAAUUUACGAGCCAAAUUUGAAAAAAUGAUGGCAGAGUGGAACAUCGACAAGAAGAGGGUUCAUGUCGUGUUGCGUGACAACGCUCGGAAUAUGACCAAGGCACUGGAUGACUGCAACUUCGCCAGUCUCCCGUGCAUGGCACAUACACUCCAGCUAGCGGUGAAUGAGGGACUGCAAUCUCAACGCGCAAUCACCGACGCCGUGGCAACAGGCAGGAGAAUAGUCACGCACUUCAAACACUCACCGCUAGCCUACUCGAAACUCCACGUUAUCCAGGAGGAGUUGGGUCAACCCAAGAAACGCUUGCAACAAGACGUUCCGACACGUUGGAACAGCACGUUUUACAUGUUGCAGUCGCUGUUGGAACAAAAACGCGCCUUGAGCUUAUACGCAACAGAACACGAGCUGCCGACAAUAUUCACCACACACCAGUGGGAGUUAAUUGAGAAUGUGUUGAGCAUCCUUCAACCUUUUGAGGAACUCACAAAGACAAUUAGCUCCUCGUCAGCCACCGCCUCGUCCGUCAUCCCUGAAAUCACUGCACUGAAGCGCCUUUUGGGGAGAGCAGCAGACACCGACCGUGGUGUGGGCACUGCCAAGGCCACGCUGUUGGAAGCGGUCCAGAGACGGUUUGCAGACAUCGAGAAGAAUCCACUGUACCUUGUGGCCACUGCUAUGGAUCCUAGAUACAAAACUUGCUACUUCUCAGCAGAAACAAAAAAUGAAGUGAAAAGGGUACUUCUGAACAUGCUGGACAGAGUGGACACCAGUGCCAUCAGACCCACACCUGAUCAGCCUCCUGAGGAACCUGCCAUCGCACCUCCAACCAAAAGGGCAAGCCUACUGCUUUCUGUGCAUGAUGAGAUACUGAUGGAGAAUGCUAGCAAUGAGGAGGAACACCUGCUAGGCCGCCCUGCAUCUGUUCAGUUACAGCGUUACCUCUCAGAGCUGCCCAUCAAGAGAUCUGAGGAUGAAACUGUAAAUGAUGUACUAAAAUACUGGCGUGAAAACAAAACACACUACCCUGCACUUGCCCCGCUUGCCCAAGCAUACCUCUCUGCUCCAUGCACAAGCAUUGAUAGUGAGCGCUUGUUUAGCUUGGCUAGUAAUGUCCUUGAUGAGAAAAGAAACAGGCUUUCUGGGGAGAAGGCAGAAAUGCUGCUGUUUGUGAAGAAGAACCUGCCAUUGAUGGUUGAGUGAUUGCACUGGGGGUGGGACAGAGCACUUUGUUCACAACUUAAAGCUACCUGUUAAUUUCAAUGUUAUUUUUUUAUUUAGAGAUGUCAAGAGAGGUCAAAUGCAAAUGUUAAAAAUGUUAUGAGAACCAGUUUCAAUUGACAAGAGCAUGUGGUGCACUUUAUUUUUUUUAUCCUAGGCCUAUAUUAAAUCCUGCACUUAUUAUGUGAAAAGAAAUAAAAGGCCUAAAAUGUGAUUUACUUAGAGAACCAGUUUUCAAGUGUGCAUGG